AUGACCAACAUUCUAGCCUCCUUAAACUGUAGAGAUGAACACCAUCUCAUCAUAGGAGUUUCCAACGUUGCUACACUCCGGAUAAAUUCCAUCUUGGAUGCAGGUGCCAUUCCUAUACUUUUCACUGAAUCUGGGGAAGUGUCUAAGGUAGAAGAGAGUGAAAAAUUGAAGACAAUAACCGGAAAGUUCGAGUUUGACACUAUAAGGCAAUUACUUAUAUCUGAGGGGAGAGCCGAAGUUGACUUUAUUGUCGAUAGGGUAUUUGUGGCGUUACCGAUGUCUCAAGCUAGAUUGAAGAAGAGCAUAUAUGACUACUGUAAGAAGAACAGAAUACCGAUCAACACUUCUGAUUCGCCUGAUCUCUCUACCUUCACGUUGUUGUCAACAUUUACUUCGGGAGACUUCCAAAUGGGUGUUACCACUUCUGGCAAGGGGUGCAAAUUAGCAUCGAGAAUCAAGAGAGAGUUGACCAAUGCCCUUCCAGCAAAUAUAGGUGAUAUUUGCGACAAGAUCGGCGACUUGAGAAAAAAGAUACAAGAAGAAGAUAAUCUCGAGCUUGAAGACUUGAAAAACAGCGAUCAUUUCCAUUCCAUUGGAGAGCACGACGAGGAUGCCAUCAAUACAAGCAAGUUGAAUGCUUUAGUGGAGGAAUUCAAUAUGACACAAGAACAAAAAAAAUUGCAAAGAACGAGAUGGUUGAGCCAAGUCGUCGAAUACUUCCCGUUGAACACGUUGGGGGAACUAUCGUUGGAUGACUUGACCUCAGCCUUCCAUGAAUACAAAGCUGGCGCUGCCGAAACAGAUGAGCCAGAAAAGAAGAAACAAAAAGUCGUAGAUUCCAAGAAGGGAAGCAUAUCCUUAGUGGGUUCUGGACCUGGGUCAGUUUCUCUUUUAACUAUUGGAGCACUUCAAGCUAUUCAUAAUGCCGAUCUCAUCCUUGCAGACAAAUUAGUUCCACAACAAGUGCUUGACAUCAUUCCAAAGAAGAGAACCAAAUUGUUCAUAGCCAGAAAGUUCCCUGGGAAUGCUGAAAGGGCUCAACAAGAAUUGUUAUCUAUGGGUUUGGAAGCGUUAUUGCGUGGACAAAAGGUGGUCAGAUUGAAACAGGGUGAUCCAUAUAUCUUUGGAAGAGGGGGAGAAGAGUACAAUUACUUCUCUGAAAGAGGAUUUACUCCAGUAGUGUUACCGGGAAUCACUUCUGCCUUAGCAGCUCCUGUAUUGACUAAUAUUCCAGCUACCCACAGAGACGUAGCCGAUCAGGUUUUGAUCUGUACAGGCACCGGUCGUCGUGGAGCUCUUCCAAACUUGCCUGAAUUUGUCAAGUCCAGGACAACAGUCUUUUUAAUGGCAUUACAUAGAGUGGUUGAUUUGAUUCCCAAAUUGAUAGAAAGAGACUGGGACCCAAAAUUGCCAGCAGCAAUUAUAGAAAGAGCUUCGUGUCCGGACCAGCGAAUAGUAAGAACGACUAUUGAGAAUGUAGCCAAAGCUGUUGAAGCCUGUGGAUCCAGGCCCCCAGGAUUGUUGGUUACCGGAUAUGCCUGUGAUGUUAUCUUCAAGCACAAUAGUGAAACAUCCGAACCAUGGGUGAUAGAAGAAGGAUGUGAAACUGCCAACAGCACUCAUUUAGAGCCAUUCUUGAAACUUGUUUCCUCCUAUAAUCCAGAAGACAUCUCCAAACCCAGCAUUCAUCAGACUCCCCCACCUGAGCCAUUAGCUACUAGUUAA